GCUGCCGAGAGAAUGGAGCAAAGUGCUAAUUUUGAACUCACUGCAGCAGGUCGUCAGCAGGAGAAGCCGAAGGCAGGAUGUGGUGGUCCUCGAGCCGAGCUUAUCCAAGAAAAAUUCUUCUUCUGGAUGAGCUGCACUCUCCUGAUUGUCUCCAUCCUGAUAUCCGCUGUGACUCUUGGCACUGUGGCAAAUCUGAAAAACUCUGAAAUGACAAAUGGCUCACUUGCCGGACUAGAGCGUGAGGUUUUUCGACUGAGAGAGAUAGAAAACUCUGAAAUGACAAACGGCUCACUUGCCAGACUGUAUCGUGAGAUUUUUCGACUGAGACAGAGUAUAGAUCCUGUCCAGUUAUUAAACAUAUGGCGACCCUUCGAAGAAAGUGAGUAUUAUUUUUCGUCAAGUCGAGGCACUUGGGAAGAGGCGGAGCAACUCUGUGAGUCAAUGAACUCCAACCUUGUGGUCAUUAACAGUCAAGAAGAGCAGAAAUAUAUCCGGCUGAAUGUGAAAUGUGAGCAUUGGAUUGGGCUCCAUGACAGGGCCAAAGAAGGGAAAUGGCGCUGGGUAGAUGGCACUGAUUAUGAAUCCAAUGUCAAGUUCUGGGAUAGAGGUCAACCCAAUGAUCGAAAAGAUUUCGAUGAAGAUUGUGCCGUGGCCAGCGGAAAUGGAAUGUGGCACGAUUGGCCAUGUAGUUCUAUUCAUUUCGCUAUCUGUGAAAAACGAGCGGACUAGCGUUCCUUCACGCUACUGUAUACUAAGGGGAAUGUGGGCGGUGUCUACGUUUGUAAACUUUAUUCCUCUUCACCAGACGAGCAGCUCGAAGCUGGGAUUGGCGUGGUGGGUGCGUGGCCAGAUCUCUCUUACCCUUCACCUGGCGGUCCCAAAAGCCGUCGGCGCGGCACAGUAGUUUUGUGCCUUCGAAGUCAAUCCUAUGGCUAUUACAAAAGCGAUGUUUUGCUACCCCCGAUUUCUUCGGGUAAUCCUGUCUCGUUCACCUAUUUUUUUCGUUAAACCGAGCUCCCAACCUCUCUGUGCAUCUUUCAUCUGUCCAUCCGAAUCCUGGAAGACUUAACAGAGCUUGUUAAGUUUUAAUGGUCAGGCCUGUAACCGCUGGAUUAUUUUCCAGGCGUUGACUUUUUCUUUAAUUGUAACUUGUCAAAACCGCCAACAAACUGGGCCUUAUUCGAAUCAAACCUGAUGUUAGAAAGAUGGGCUGCAAGCUCACCUUCUACGAGGCAGGUGGAUGGAAUUGAUCCGAGUGUUGCCAAGGCUACUCAUUUUCUGCCAGUCCCACACACGCCUCUCCUUUCCUAUUUUCUUUCUAUUCGUUGACAAAACCACCCUUUCUUUUUCCACGCCAACCAUACUAUUUCUGGACAUCAAGUCAGUAUCAGGAUCUAACCUACAACAUUAUGCUCAAGGAUCUGCCGCUUUAUAAUAAUUAAUAACCCGUAAAAUUUGUUGGUUACUUGUAUCUUAAUACUAACAACUUAAUCCUGAAUAAAGCAGAUA